AUGGUGUUGAUGCUCCUUCGAAGCUUACAACGCUCGCCGAGGCUGUUUUUGCACUCGUCGCGACACUGUUCGACGUCCGUUCCGGGUUCUGUAAACCGCGUCUUCGAGCUCUUUGAACGGCAUGGGAAGGGCGACUACAUCGGCGAAGAUGUCUCGCAGCUGGAACAUGCCCUGCAAGCUGCAGACUUGGCCCACAGGUCGGGUCAUGGGUUAGAAGCAACACUGGCGGCUCUCCUCCACGACGUGGGGCACCUUCUGGGCAUGGAGGACAAGUCGCAUGCCAGGAUGGGCGAUUGCGGAGUAGCCAACCAUGAGAACUUGGGUGGCAACUGGCUCGCCGGCCUAGGCUUCUCUCCAAAAGUUUGCCAGCUCGUCUCUCGGCAUGUCGAUGCCAAGCGAUACCUCUGUGCAGUGAACAAGGAGUAUCACGACACAUUGAGCUCUGCUUCAAAGACGACCUUGAUCCACCAGGGUGGACCCAUGACCCAACAGGAGGCGAAAGCCUUCGAAAAGGAGGAGCUCUUCAAGGUGAUCCUCGCCAUGCGCCGGUGGGAUGAGGCAGCCAAGGUGCAGGGGAAGAAGGUGCCGGAACUCGAGGCUUACAGGGACAUGAUGGAGCAGAAUGUCGGGCAGCGCGUGGGGCCUGGCGAGUAG